UGAAAACAAGUCAGUGCUUCCAUUCAUGCAGUGUUAACGCUAACACCGCUAGCAGACGGACGUUCGUGUUACAUCUUCGUCAAAGCAGCUCCGUCCUCUCAGACUGUUAGAAAGCGUCGUGACUGACCGUGUAAGCCACCAUGGCAGAAGCUCACCAGGCGGUGGCCUUUCAGUUCACAGUCACUCCUGAUGGCAUCGACCUACAUUUGUGCCACGAGGCCCUACGCCAGGUUUACCUCUCUGGCCUCCACUCCUGGAAGAAAAGAUUCAUUCGCUUUAAGAAUGGGGUGAUGACUGGUGUGUACCCAGGCAGCCCGGCUGGGUUCAUGGUAGUGGUCGUGUCCUACAUGUCAUACAAUAAAUAUAAACAGCUGGAUCCAUCUAUGGGCUUAAUUGCCAAACUAGGCCAACAUAUACCCAUCAGCCGAUAUAUGUCCACAGAUAGUCAGAGGAUAGUUGGAGGAGUUCUGGUGGGCACAGGCCUGUGGGUCACCAUUAUAAUGAUCAUGAGGAAUGUGCUGAAGUCCCUGCUGUCGUGGCAUGGCUGGAUGCAGGCACGCCAUGGUUCUGUGUCCUGGACUACCCGCCUGUGGAUGGUACUAGUGAAGAUCUGCUCUGGCAGAAAACCAAUGCUCUACAGUUUCCAGAACUCCCUGCCUCGACUGCCCGUUCCCUCUGUCAAGGACACCUGCAAAACGUACCUCGAGUCGGUGCGCCCAUUGAUGGAUGACGAGCAGUUUGACAGGAUGAAAGGCUUGGCUAAAGACUUUGAGAAGAAUCUGGGACCCAGGCUGCAGUGGUACCUUAAACUCAAGUCCUGGUGGGCAUCCAACUAUGUUAGUGACUGGUGGGAAGAGUAUAUUUACCUGAGAGGCCGAGGACCCAUCAUGGUCAACAGCAACUAUUAUGCCAUGGAUUUUCUGUAUGUGUUCCCCACCCACAUCCAAGCUGCCCGGGCCGGUAAUGCCAUCCAUGCCAUCAUGCUUUACAGGAGAAAACUGGACAGAGCUCAGAUCAAACCGAUUUACUUGCUGGCGAACAAGGUUCCUCUGUGUUCUGCUCAGUGGGAGCGAAUGUUUAACACCUCCCGCGUCCCUGGUGUGGAGUCAGAUACCCUUCAGCACAUGAACGAGAGCAAACACAUUGCUGUGUACCAUAAGGGCCGUUUCUUCAAGGUGUGGAUGUUUUAUGAUGGGCGGCUGCUGUUGCCACGGGAGAUAGAGCAACAGAUGGAGAGGAUAUUGGCAGACAAGUCAGAACCUCAGCCAGGAGAGGAGAAACUAGCAGCACUUACGGCAGGGGACAGAACACCUUGGGCAAAGGCACGUGACACAUACUUCAGCCGUGGCAAGAACAAGCAGGCUCUGGAUGCCAUAGAGAAGGCCGCCUUCUGUGUAACGCUCGAUGACACCGAGCAGCGUUAUGAUCCAAACAACAAGGUCAAGUCUUUGAACAGUUAUGCCAAAUCCCUGCUCCACGGAAAAUGCUAUGACAGGUGGUUUGAUAAGUCUUUCAAUAUGAUCAUUUUCAAGAAUGGCACAAUGGGACUGAAUGCAGAGCACUCCUGGGCUGACGCGCCCAUUGUUGGCCAUCUGUGGGAGCAUGUACUUUCCAUGGACCCUGUAAAGCUGGGAUACACAGAGGAAGGUCACUGCCAUGGAGCACCCCAUCCCAACCUGCCUGGUCCUCAGAGGCUGCAGUGGGACAUUCCUGCUGAGUGCCAGGACGCCAUCGAGAGCUCGCUGACGGUUGCCCAGGCUCUGGCAGAUGAUGUGGACUGUCACAUUAUUCCCUUCGAUGAGUUUGGAAAGGGGUUGAUUAAGAAGUGCCGCACCAGCCCCGAUGCCUUCAUCCAGAUUGCUCUGCAGCUGGCCCAUUACAGAGACAAAGGAAAGUUCUGCCUGACAUACGAAGCUUCCAUGACGCGCUUGUUCCGUGAGGGUCGAACAGAAACCGUGCGCUCCUGCACAGUAGAGACCUGUGACUUUGUGCGCUCCAUGAUCAGAGAUGAGACUAGAGAAGAGCGCCUCAGGUUGCUCAGAGUAGCAGCAGAGAAACACCAAAACAUGUAUCGCUUGGCAAUGACAGGACACGGCAUCGAUCGCCACCUUUUCUGUCUUUAUGUGGUUUCCAAAUACCUAGGAGAGGACUCCGAAUUCCUCAAGGAGGUUCUGUCUGAGCCAUGGAGACUGUCAACCAGCCAGACCCCUUUGCAGCAGGUUGAACUGUUUGAUCUUGUCAAUCACCCAGAAUAUGUGUCCUCCGGAGGUGGAUUUGGUCCAGUGGCUGAUGAUGGUUAUGGUGUCUCCUACAUCAUCGUCGGUGAAGACCUCAUUAACUUCCACAUCUCCAGCAAACGCUCAAGUCCAGAAACUGACUCGCAUCGUUUUGGUACCAACAUCGGACAGGCCAUGCUGGACAUCCUGGAUCUCUUUCAGCUCAACAAGAAAGCCAGCAAGUGAUGGUCAUCUUUAUUGGUUGAAUGAAGACCAAAAAAAAAAACAGUUUUAGUAAAACAUAUAUUCUUCCUGAAGCCUGUACAGAAUCAUUUCCUUGAUUUUGGUUUAUUUUAAUUUAAUUGACGGUAAAAAUAAAUAAAAGAUUAAUAAUAAUAAAUAUUAUUGAAAGGUAUCUGGACACUCUACAGUUGAUGUUCGUGAGCCAAUUAUGUGUACUGUAUGUUUUGGCAAAGUGCUUCUGGUACAGGUGGUGCACAGAUCAAAGCAGUUAUUUACAGAAUUGUACUAAUCGGUGCCUUAGUGACCCAUUAAUGUAAAAAGGGCAGAAAGGGAGGAAAAAAUUCUAGUCUGGGAUCAAGUCCACUAACGCAGUGAAUGACAUUUUAGCUAAAAGGUUUGCUCCAUAGCAUCAUCCAAUAUGUAAUCACAUUUUAAGUUGUGAGAUGGUGCAAUACUUUUUUUUUUAAAUCCCCUUCCUUGCUAUGCUUGUUUUAAAUUUGAUCUAGCCCCCUCAGCUGCAGCCCCCCCCCCAAGUCACAUGUAACCAACCAAUAUCAAAAAAUUUCCUGUUGAACAAUGUCCACUGAUUUCUUAUGUUUAAGUUAAAAGGAGGCUGAGUUGUAAAACCACUGGUGUAAAAUCACUGAUCUGUAAUAACAAAGAUUAGAAAAUGUUCAGUUUAGAUAUGAGAAGUGAGCUGUGUCCGUGUGAAUAUGAAACACACAGGACAGGAAGCUGGUGCCACUCUCAUCUCCAUUGCCUUUCUGAUGCAAGUGUACAGUCGGUCUUUUGUUUCAAUGAUUUUACGAUAUAGCGAUGAAGGCAGAUAAUGUGUGUUUGUCACUCAUGUUCAGGUUUUCCUAACUUUGCCUGUUUAUAAAGUGCUGGGUGCAAUACUGGGAAAAUAUAGCAUAUUCUGGCAUGCUGCAGUAGAGGUAAAAUGCAUUGUGACACCAGAAAGCUACAGCAUGAACUUUGCAGUGGAAGUGAGGGUUGGUAGGACAGGAUGUGAGGGAAUAAAAUGGACGCGGUGUGGCCAACUGUAACAUUUCAUUACAAUGAAAAAAAAAAAAAAGUAAACUUCGUGCACUCUAUCAACCAGAAGUAUCCAUACUUAACCUUGGCCACCUUUUUUCACAUCAAGGUGAGCUGUAAGCAUUUAUGAGCAUCUGCUGUGUUAGUUACGGCACGGUGGAGUUGCAGCUGUUGUCUCGUGUAGAUGAAGCGGAGAGUCGUGUAGCGGGUUAUUGGUUUCUCUAGAACGGUUCUCUAGAAAUCCUUGUUUUUGUUGGAGUUGGGGAAAAGCAGUUAUGGUUGGGUUUGUCAUGUACAGGGAUUCAUUUAUUUCUUUUAUGUAUAUGUUGUCAGUUCAUAUUUAUUUUUCAGGUGUAAACCUUUUCAUUCACAUGCAUCAUAUUCACAGGCUGAAUGUGGAAAAUAAGCACUAAGUUAAAACUGAGUUGAAGUAAAACAGACACAAUGCUUGUGUUUUGUCGCUUUUUUUUUUUUUUUUUGGGGACAUUUUAUUAUCACUCUUUGCCAGUAUGUUUUAGUUGUUUAACAUUUUAUCUCGGUAGAAUUCAUGUUUACACUGCUGCAUGGCUUUUGAAGCUGAAGCUGUAUAUGUUUGCCUUUAAUUUAAAGAAGUGUAAAAGAAUAAAAAAAAGACAAGCAGCUGAUAUACCAAACAAAGUUUUAACAAUAAAGUGAAUGUCAAACAGCUGUAUCACUUA